UAGAACUCUGAGUCUUUAUUUCCUUCCAUAGUCUGACAUGGGAAGUCUAAAAACCACGUCAUAGCAGAAGUAUCCCCCACUAGUCAGAGACCGGAAGACAAGUUUGAGGUCACCGACACCUGAAGAGUCAACCUUGGUGGCUCCUGUUCCUUUAAGCCUCUUGCAGCUUCAUCAUUACAUCUGCCAGAGAGGCCCUCAUUUAUUUCACCUCUGGCUUCCCAGAGGGUGGGAUAGGAAACCAUAUACAGGAAAACCGCCACUGUCACUAUGGCUAAUACACGUCAUGACUGAGAAAGUCACGGAUGACACUUGGCUGGUGACCACUGUAUCUCACUGGGGCCUCUGUAGUGACUUGCUUUCUUCCAUGUCUGUGUAUGACAGGUCCCACCAGAAAAUGUCUCGUGACUUCCUGUGUGGCAUUCUUUGUGCUUGGAGCGGCUGCCAUAGUGAUCGCUGUUGGGAUCACCUUCGGAAUACCGACGAGGUCUGCAAGUUGGACAUAUCACCAAUGCGAAACAGCGUCACAGCAACCAGGCUUCCUGUGUGGGGACCGCACGACUUGCUUGCUGCCCUCUCUGCUUUGUGACGGCAAGAUGGACUGCAGCGAUGGCAGGGAUGAGUCGGCCACCUACUGUGGCCAAGUGCCCAACAGUCUCCCACAAAACCUGAUUUUCAAGUGUGCCGGCCAGAAGACAUGGGUCUAUGUGGACAGGGUGUGUGACAUGAGGAAUGACUGUGGCGACUGCUCGGAUGAGUCAGUUUCACAGUGCCCGGAGUGCUCGGGCUGGAGAUGCGAUACUGUUUUCUUCGCCGACUGUGCCUGCAUUCCCAGAAGUCGCUGCAGAAACGGCGUCCAAGACUGUGCUGACUGGAGUGAUGAAACCCUGUGCGAUUAGAUUUAUAACCGUGGUUUUAGAAAAGCUGAAAAAUCUCUGCCUUACAACUUCUCUCAAAGUACUGGUGUGUCUGUCUUCUGUGUUUACCUCCCUGGAGUGUAGGGUAGGGAAGAGCUAGAGAACCUGUGCCCAUUAACAAAGAAGACAGGCAGAAAUCAGAUGCAGCUAAAUUUAGGUCCCUCUUCUAAACUUGUUUCCAGAUAGCCACAGGGUUGUGUGGGAAGCACACACGUUCUCUAACUAGUAGGAGGGUCACCCUAAGAACUUUUAGAGGGAGGUCUAGCUCACUAGUGGAUAGCCCUGGUUUCAAAGCUAGCAGAAAAUUAAGUUUUGAAAAUUAUUGUUUUCAAAAUUGAAAUUUAUUGUUCUUAAAUUAGCACAUAAAGUAUUAGACAUCGUGAAGGCAGUUUUCGAAGUGUUUUAGCAGCUAGCCUCCACCCUUUGUAACUUGCCCUGUGGUCCCUUCCCAUUUGUACAUGUCCUUCCGUCCCCACCUCCCCCUUCCUCAGUAUCUCUUUACCCUCUCUUGGUCUGUUUUCUAGUCUUUGAAGGCUUUAUGUUAAUACUCAUUUCUAUAUUCAGGUAUAGAGUACAAGCUAGGACCUGCAUAUUAGACAAUACAAUGUUUUUGUCCAAGGUUGGGUCAUUUUGCUUAAUGUUUUCUAGAACCACCCGUUUUUUCUGGGACUCUUUACAGGGGAAUAAAAUUUUAUUGAGUAUCCA